AUGCCGCUCCAUAUUAAAGCAUAUCCAAAACGUCUGCUGCACUUGGUCAGUGAAGACAAAAGUAAUCAUAUUGAAGCAUAUCCAGAACGUCUGCUGCCCAUGAAUUUCUUUAUUAGAGCAGCCGCUGGUGUGAUCGUAACUCCGCGGGCGGCCAUGGGACAAGCUAAACAUUUCAUGCGUCUUUUUUAUUUUAUUUUAACAAUUCUGAUAUUUCAGUGCCGACAAUCAGAAGUCGGUACUUCAAAACCUAAAGAGAGUUCAACUAUAGAGAAUAAAGUUUCUGGAAAACACAAGCCGACAACAACUUCGAAAACAUCACAAGAAAUGGAAAUGAAAACUGUGUCUUCAUCACUCGUUACCAAAACUAUCGACGAGACGACAAUUAGAAACAAAAAAGUAGCACAUGGAGAACAAACAACUUCUGGGAUAGAUAUGGAAAGUACAACGAAAGGCAUGGUAACCAACUUGCUGAAAGACUUACCUACACAGAAAGAGGACAUGUUUUUGAUAACAGAAACUACUUCCGGUCGGACUGAAAUAUCUAGUGAAGAGCAACCAGCUCCUUUUACUUCUACAAGUUCACUCAGCACUACUAAUCCGAAUACAAAAAUUGGUAAAACAGAAAAAGUUACAAGCAUUUCGGAUGAAAGCCUGAAAGCUAAAAUACGUGAUAACAUUGAUAUUUUGUGCCCAACGGGACGAGUUUGUAGAGAAGAAUCGAUUGGUGAUCCAUUAUCAAGGUACAGGCAUUGCUGCCAAGAAUGUUCAUGUGAUACGGGAUGUGGACACAACAAUCAAACUUGCUGUUUUGCAAAUGACGCCGUGAACAAAGGGUCAAUUUAUUUCGGACCAGAAUGUCUCCACGUGACUACAUCAAACAUUGCCCGUUCAGAACGACACAACUACAUUUCAUAUCUAAUGGAAGCCAAAUGCCCGCCGCACUGUAGUGAAAGCAGAUCGGGGAAUGGUUCUUGCGGAGAAGAUACUGUAGCUCCUUGGGGUAGCUUGUAUCCGGUAUAUUCUCAGUCUGUCGGCAAAAUUUUCAAGAACAUGGCGUGUGCCCAAUGCAAUGAUAUAACGGACGGCGUUACCUGGGAUGCUUUGAUGGUCUGCAAUAUGUAUGUUCAAAAUGAUAGUUUUAACACAAGACUGCAGAACAUUGAUAAUUUCCAAUCAUUCCUAAAUGGGUAUAACCCAGAAGAAUUAUGCUACAUAAACUUUAAACCACCGGUACCAUUUUCGUCUCUUGAAAAACACCAAUGUCUACAAGAACCCAUAAAAACAUGCUCUUAUGAAGACUUCUAUACACCAGAAAGUCUUACCUUAUCAAGAGAAGAGAUUAUUAAAGCAUGUAUGAGCGACUUUGUAUCACCAUAUACAAUGAGUGGCCCUUACAGUAAUGUAUUUUGUCACAUUUGCAAUAAUGAACUUUUGAAACCAGAUCCCCGCUGCAGGGCAUUCAUUAUCUUUCCUCGCGAAGUGUCAAAUACAAAGUUCACAACUCUUCUUGACAAGACGUUCUUAGAUCAGUAUACAGGGAGAAAAAUAGACAAAUCUAAACUGCCUAUGGCCUGCAUAUCGGAUAAGGAAUGCCGGAUCAUUCACUGUCCAAGUGGAAAGACUUCAGAUAGAAAUGGAGACUGCAUUUUUCCAUCUGCUGACUGGAACGUCGAUAUAUAUGAAUUUGUCUUAAGACUGGAGCCAGAAAAUCCAAUUCCAGUAGAAUUUAUAAUAGAGAACAGCCAAGGAAGGCCAAGUGCUUUCGAUAUGUCAAAAUUAAUAUCACCAUUACAAAGUCGCUGGGUAAUAAAACUCUUAUCGUAUAAAAAAUCAAUAAAUUCUUCAACAGUCGACAAUUUCGUCGCAUCGAUUCGCGUGAAAAACGUGUUUAAAAAUCCAGCUAGUAUGCUUAAAGCGAUUGAAAAGUAUAUGAAAAAGAAAUGGUAUUUGAACAUCAAUGAAACGCGUUCCGGUCUACUUGUAGGAUUUUCAGAAAUGAGACGAAUAGUCAUUGAAAACAAUAUUGUCGCAGCAAGAAUGUACGAAUACUUUGAUGAAGAUUCAAACCUAAAUGGAAUGAAAUGGAACCUGAUUCACACAUACCUAGCUUUGGAACCAAGUCCAUUCGUAAUAAUAAUCACCAAAAUGUUUUACUGUCAUCAAUUAGAGCUUUACCCCGGCGAGUUUGAGCUACGCUAUGGUGAUAACGUGUUGUAUUAUAAAGACAGAGACAAAUACUUCUUCGAUGGCGAGUUUGCUAUUGUUACAAAUGAGGAAACAGAACUUCAAAAUAAAAAGAAAACGAAUACUGUUUGGCUUAAUAUUGAUGAUAAUAUUGAUGGUGACUCCGGUGAUGAUGGCGGUGAUGAUGAUUAUGACAUCGGCGAUAAUAAUGCCGACUUUAAUGAUGGCGACUUCAGCGAUGAUUAUGAUAAUGAUGAUGGCGACUUCGACGAUGAUGAUCAUAAUAAUGAUAAAACAACGACAUGUAUAGCGGAAGGAGCUAUCGAAUUAUUUUUCAAUGAGUGA